CAGAAAAGACCAGGAUCCCUGCUUAUCUCAUGCCCUGCUGUUUGUCUCAGUCACUUGUGGCACAUCUUGUUACUACCAUCCUCUCUAAUUCCUUGCACUCAAAACCUUCGUUCAUUCUCCUGCCAUAUGUCCAUCACAAACCAACUCUUCUCUUACUCAUGUCUGUUCUCUGCCCUGCUCAAUAGGUGGGCUCCUAUUGUCUCAGCAGUUAGACAGUGUGCCGGGGAUUUUCAUGAUGAGUGUGGCAGUCAACUGUGGUAAUAAGGAACACAAACAGGCUGAGGCGUGGCUUUGCUUUCCUGCCAGCCCCGCUCUGCUCUCUAGUGCAUUCCUUCAGCCCUUCUGCACAAUGUAGUUGGGCUCUUGCCAGCCUUGCCUGACACAACAAAAGAAGAGAGCAUAAUAUCAGCUCUUCUGAAGGAGGAGAGAUUGGAACCACUGCUUUUUGUUCACCUUCACAUUCCUGAAUGCUUCUCACCUUGAGCUUUGAGUCGUUUUUGGGAGAAGGCUUCCUUGCAGCUGCUUAUAACCCCUUGUCAAAGAAACCUAUUUGUAGCUCUGCUAGGUUGCACUGAGUUUACCUCACUCCCUAGACAUAUUCUAUUAAUUGUAGUCACUAGUGGCUUAUUCUCUGUUUAUUGAUGCUCUGUUCACCAAUAUCCAAAAUGAUUCAAACAAUGAAUCUUCCAUCACAAUCCUUGGGUGACCAUUCCACAGUUGAAUAGAAGUAGGUCUGCUUGUCACUAGAGGAUUGCUGAUAUCCAUCAUGCACAUUGGCAAUGCAUAGGGGGUGCACAUGGCAUAGGGGGUGCACUGUCUGUGGCCAGUCCCCGCUUGCCAUCUCCGACACUGCCUGCGGGCAGUCACUGUGCCCCAACAACCUCAGGAGGCAUGAGGCGUUCAUGAUCACCCGUUUGUUUAAUUGAUUUUGGUUAUUCUUAAUUCUUUUUGUGGAGUAAAGGGUAAGCUCCAAGGUCUUGGGGCAACCAAGAAAAUAUUGCACUUCCCUGAAGUGUCAGGUUCUCUAGCAUAUUCAGAUCACUCAACAAAUGUUAUCAGUGUGUGGUUAGGGAAGGAACAAUUUAACUGACAAAAGGGACUCACACCAUGUCAACAUCCAGGUUACCCACGUAAAAGGGAAGGUUCAACAGCCCAUCUCAUAAAAGAAAUCAUUUUAGAGUUGCAACAGAACUUCACAGGAAGUAUGGAACGAGUAGAUACUGGAAUCUCAGAAGAGGUCAGUGCUUACUGCAAUGCAGCUAGAAUAUGCAUUUACCCAAGUGUCAUAUUGAAUGAAAUAGUUUGAAUGUUUGUAAAGGUUGCCCAUUAGCCAGUUUCAGGAAGAAGAUAAGAUUUAUCUCCUUAUCUAGUUCAUUGUUUUGGGGACUACGUGCAAAAGGUCCUGACUUUGCUUAAAGUCUUAAUUUAAAUUUCAUCUUUAGAAACCUUUUACAAAGAGAGCAAAUAUCCUGAAUUCCAAGAGAUCAAACCCUAAGGCCUUUUGACCAGAUUGGUAAGAAAAGGGCAUUUGCAGUGAUAUGGAAGUUUCCCAAAGGUAAUUUAAAAUGCUCAACAAAGGCAAAAGAAUCUGUUGAGUAAGAUCCGAGCCCAAAUUUGGGGGUAAUGACAGAUUGAGUAGGAGGAGCCCACUGACGGCAGCUCACUCAAUAAAAACUGUAACUUACUGUCCCAAUUUGGAGGUGACUAUACUUGCAGAACAACGAAGGAAAAAUCGCAAGUAUAGCCCGGGUCAGACUGAUCACGUGAAACGCCCUCUCCGUGAACACGAAUCUCUUAGUUCAUGCUGAAGCUGCAGAGCGCCCGAAAGGGACUGAAGGAAGGGGACUUAGUCCUAUCACUGCUGAGGCCAGCCUAUUGAAUUGUAUUGCUGAGGCCAUUCCAUUGAACCGUACUACUGAGGCCAACCCAUUAAAUCGUACUACUGAGGAAUGAAACCAUAGUUUGGUAUUUGGCUUCUCGGAAUUCUAGGAUUAUAUUUCGAAGAAGACACUUCUGCUUUGGCCUGUUCCAUCAGUCAAUAUGGCUGGCACAACACCUCCUCCAGGCUGUGGCAACAUUGGCUCCGACUAUUAUCUCCUCUGUGACACUAACCGAGCCUGGGGCAUCGUCCUGGAGUCACUGGCUGCUGCUGGUGUUGUUACCACAGUCAUACUCAUGUUCUCACUCCUUUUCCUCAUCUGCAAAGUCCAAGACAACAGCAAGCGAAACAUGAUUCCUGUCUAUUUCCUUUUCCUCUUAGGUACCUUAGGUAUCUUUGGCCUUACCUUUGCCUUCAUCAUUAAUUUCAAUGAGAGGACUGGCCCAACACGCUUUUUCCUCUUUGGGGUUCUCUUUGCCCUCUGCUUCUCCUGUCUCCUGACUCAUUCCUCAAAUCUCAUCAAGCUGGUGAGGGGGAAGACUCCUAUUUCAUGUUGGGUGCUGCUGAUUCUUGCCACUGGCUUUACUCUGGUUCAGGUUAUCAUAGCUAUAGAAUAUAUAGUCAUUAAGACGAACCAUUUAAACUUUACUCAGAUGUCUCGGGACCAACACAAUAGUGACUUUGUCAUGCUUCUGAUCUAUGUCCUCUUCUUGCUGGCUCUCACCUUCCUGUUCUCAAUGUUCACCUUCUGUGGUCCUCACAAAGGCUGGAAGAGGUCUGGAGCACACAUCUUUUUCACUGCCCUGUUCUCCAUAGCCAUCUGGGUGGUAUGGAUCACCAUGCUCAUGGGAGUCUUAACCAUGCAAGACAUGUGGGAUGACCCCACCCUCAGCAUCGCUCUGGUGUCUAAUGGCUGGGUCUUCCUAAUCAUGUACAUAGUACCUGAACUCUGUUUCCUCACCAGCCCAAGCAGGCCUGAGGACUACCCUCUGGAAAAUAAUUUCUGUCAACCUAAACACAUAAAGCAGAGUUCUGGAAUGGAAAACCGAGCCUAUAGCCAGGAGGAGAUCAUGCAAGAAGGCAAUGGAGACCUAGCUUAUAGCUCAUAUUCUCCUCAUUUUCAGUUGAAGACCCUUGAUCCCCAAAAGGAUUUCUCCAUUCCACGGCCUAAAGCCCGGGCAAGUCCAUAUCAAGAGUAUGCUGGUGGGAAAGACACCAAGUAGUAGCUCAUCAAUGAACAGAGAGACAAUGAACAGUCAGAAAGGGACCAUGGGGACAGGCCACAUGGUGCUUCUCUUAUGCCGCAAAGAGAGCGAGUCAGACUGAUGGUGCUGCAUCUGAUGAAAAAGAAGGGUCUUGUCUUCUUCUCCCACCCUCUUUUGGUCUGCACAUGUAGUUUUUUAGUUCCCAUUCUCUCCUAGACCAAAAGAGGAUGUUUAGACCUAUCCUGCCUUUCGCCUCAAUUCUCUCCCCUCAACCAUAUGGCUUAGCUCAACAGCCAUCACACACCUACUACAUGUGUGAAGAUCAUAUCCUCCAGUGCACCAGAGCUCCUUGGUGCUGGUCCUGGUAAUCAGACAGGUCAUCAGCUGGACUCCAAAACCCUUCAGCCAGGCUUCUAAUUUCUGAUCAGCGCACACUGGUCGUGUUGUGCCCUACAGCCAGGUGGAAGAGAGAGGAACUUUCAGCAAUAACCUUCUGCCCACCCAUCUAGGGGCCACUUCCUCUACCAGAGAAUGUACCUGACUUGUAUGGCAUUGAUCCAGUCAAGCACUGCAGCCCCUCCCAGCUCCAGUUUCACAGAACUGACUCACAGCCAGAGCUAGGAGAAAAAAUUACAAGAAUGUCCACUUUUUUCCAUUCCACCCGUACAGGUUUUUAACCGAUUUCUAAUCAACAAUCAAGGUGGUUGGACAAUGGGGAUAACUUUUCAUGGAGAAAAAAAAUGCUGGUCAUUAUUUUCCACUGAAAUAUUGAAACCUCUCCACACUAAAAAGGAAAAAGGUGGUUGAAAUUUAUCAUUGCCCAACAAAAGAACUCUAGAAGUGGGACGUACAAAACAUAUAUGUAGAAGGAUGUGAUUAUUUCAGCUUUGAGCGUGUCUGAGUGUGCUUGUGUCUUAAUACAGUAUUUAUUUGUCUCUCUCUUGCUCAAAAUUGAGCACGUUGUUGGCACUUAAAUAAUUAUUAAUAUUAUUAAUGUCAUAUGUCUAUGUAUUCCAGUUAUAGAACAUACCAGCCUACUGCUUUGAUACUUGUCCAAUCUUUAUUUUUUUUAAAAAAGGGAACCUACAGAUCACAAUUGGGAUACGAUACUCCAAUUUUCAGACACCUCCUGGAUCCCACCCCCCCUGCAAGAUAUAUUUGUCUAUUCACUCCCAUGCACCUUCUCACCUCCACCCUACUCAUACUCCAAAGGACAGACAGGCCUUGUAGUAUACAUGUACUGCAUUGCUAGGUAUCUGCAUGCUCUGGUGCAUGAGCUGCAAGCUACUUUUCCCCCAUCCAAAUUGUUUUGCCUCAAAUGCACCAGCCUGUCAUUACCUGCAUCCACACUGUGACUACAGGCUCUUGUGUAUAGUGCUGAGAUUAACAGGCAUGCAUCCCAUGUUCCCAAGCACUGUACAGAGAAGAGGUCUUCUAGGAAGUUAUAUUCAGCACAAUGUGAGACCACCUGUCUUCCCUUAAUACAGCUAAAGGUGGAAAUUUAUGUUUACCCACCAUUACAUGCAGAUUUGUCAAUCCAACAUGCUGCUUAGUUCAGUGCAUUUGUAGCAGUAAUCAGAACCAUGGAUCCAUUGGAUUAGCUCUUCCUGGCUGCAGAUAAACUGCUUAUGAUGUGAAAAUACUGGAAGGCCUUUCAGAAUUAGAAGAGACAAGAGUGCUGGGCAUGACAAAUGUAGAAGCAUACAAGACAGAUUUGGAAAGCACAAUUAAUGUUGCAAUUGUCAAAUUAUCCCCACAUCUACACUAGUGUAGAGAGAUCACAUCAUUUUACAAGUCUAAGAUGACCAGUACUCACUCCAGAACUACUACAUGAGGAAGCAAACCUUUAUGACUCUCUGCAAGGACCUUGACCCAACCAUCCACACUAUACAAAACAUUUGAGAGAGCCCUAUCAACAGAAGUGGGUUGCUAUUGUUCUCUAGACAUUGGUUACCACAUAACAUUACAGGUCCAAAGCUAACCAUCUGGAUGUUGUCUGGUCAACUGUUGGCCUCAUGGUGGUGAAGAUGAUGGUGAAGAUUUGCAUUUCUGUUAUGAAGGUGAUUUACCUGUAGGCUAUGGGCCUCAGGGUUUUACUUAAACUAAUAGCUGGCUUUCAGUGAAUGGGGUUUUCAAAGUGGCCUGGAGACACUGAUGGUGUGCAUGUGCCCACAGUUUGCCCUCCUAAAUGAGUUCAUGAAUAUAGUAACUACAAAGGGCACUACAGGGGCAAACUGAUGAAUGACAUGAAAAGUACUGACAAGGUGCAUACCACCAGGUUCCAAGGCAAUUUGACAUUUAUGUGCCGGAACAUGCCAGGAUCUUAAUCCUUCCCAAGGACAGGACCAUGAACAGGGGGCUCAUGCCCACUGAAAUUAUGGAAGACUUUGUCCAUGCCUUCCUGACAUGGCUCAUGAAGGCACAGCCAGAAAGGAAACUCAACCCCUUUCUUACCAGUUGCAGAAUGGUGGGGGAAUUCACAUUUGGAAAACUGAGGGCAAGAUGGUGCUACCUACAAAAUCAUUUGAAUGCCAAUGUGCCAAAAGCCAUAUGCAUGACUAUAGCUUGCUGCUUCCUGCACAUCUGCAAAAAUGAGAGGCAAACAGUUUUAUAUGGUAGGAAACAUGGAUGUCAAUAAAGUUCUCAACCAAUUUGUACAAUCAGAAAGAGCCCUCAUAAACACUAUGAGCCCAAGGUCAAGAGAAGCAAUGGAAAUUAAAGAUGCCAUAUGCAUUCACAUCUAUGCCACACAUGGUGAUUUUUUAUGAGUAACUGAUUACACUAAUGCAUGCACUGCUUUGUCAAUAAUGAAAUACCAUGGAACAUGCCGUACUGAUAUGUACCAGGAAUUUAAAGUGGCUGCUGUGCUUAUUUUUAAAAACUUCUGCAGUGAAGGGACUGCUAAUCUGUACAGGGUUAUUUUGUGCCUGAUUAAUUAUAAGGCUUGAAUUGGAUAAGGGUUUAUUUAUUUGCCAAGUUAAAUAUCAAUUUAAAUGUAACUCUCUGUGCUUGCUAAUUUGGGCACAUGGGCUGUCAUUUUAUUGACUUGUAUAGAUAUAUAGUUUCUGGCUUUUUGUACUUCAAUAAAGCCCUUUGCCAUA